GAGUCGGAAACGUGAGGGAUAGGAGAGAAGUCUGGCGAAAUUCGUAAGGCGGGCUGUUGUUUUUGUUCCCUGCAGGCUUUAGAUGCCCAGCGGUAUUGGUUUCUCGUUUGACCCCUCCUGACUGGAAGAUGUUGACCCGGCUGAAAGCAAAAUCAGAGAGGAAGCUUGCAAAACAGAUUUGCAAAGUUGUAUUGGAUCAUUUUGAAAAUCAGUAUUCCAAAGAACUUGGAGAUGCCUGGAAUACAGUAAGGGGUGUACUAACAUCUCCAUCAUGCUGGCAAUAUGCUGUCCUUCUUAACCGAUUCAGUUUUCCUUUUGAACUAGAGAAGGAUUUACAUCUGAAGGGCUAUCAUUCACUCUUUCCAGAGUCUUUACCCUACUAUCCUAAAUCAAUGAAGUGUUACCUUAGCAGAACUCCUCACAGGAUGCCUUCAGAAAGACACCAGCUUGGAAACCUGAAAAAAUACUACCUCCUCAAUGCCGCCUCUCUCCUCCCAGUGCUGGCUCUGGACCUGAGGGACGGGGAGAAGGUCCUGGAUCUGUGUGCCGCCCCUGGAGGCAAAUCUGUGGCUCUGAUGCAGUGUGCUUAUCCAGGUUAUCUUCACUGUAACGAAUACGAUAGUCUGAGAUUGAGGUGGCUGAGGGAGACGUUAGAAUCCUUCAUCCCACAGCCGUUGGUAAAUGUAAUUAAAGUGUCUGAAUUGGAUGGCAGAGAAAUGGGAGAUGCCUGGCCUGAAACGUUUGACAAGGUGUUAGUUGAUGCUCCAUGUUCAAAUGAUCGAAGUUGGUUGUUCUCUUCUGAUCCUCAGAAGGCAGCCUGUAGGAUAAACCAAAGGAGGAAUUUGCCUGUUCUACAGAUAGAACUCUUAAGGUCUGCAAUUAAGGCCUUACGUCCUGGAGGGCUUCUUGUGUACUCCACAUGCACACUUUCCAAGGCAGAGAAUCAAGAUGUGAUCAGUGAAAUUUUAAACUCCUACAGUAACAUCAUGCCUGUGGACAUUAAGGAAAUGGCAAGGACUUGCUCCCGAGACUUCACAUUUGCUCCUACAGGCCAGGAAUGUGGGCUCUUGGUGAUUCCAGAUAAAGGUAAAGCCUGGGGCCCAAUGUAUGUAGCCAAAUUGAAAAAAUCAUGGACUACUUGAAACUGGUGAUGUACAUUUCGUAAGCCUUUCCAUUGGUUAUACAUCAAUGUUUUAUUAUAUUUAUUUUUCUAGGCUUUCUACAUGUUAACGUUUGAAUAAUAAUGGAGUCACUUUUCUUGGGUCUAUUUGGAAUCCUAUUUAGUUAAUACUUCAGCAUCUCAGGAUCUGUGGUUGAGAAGUUUUCAAGUGUGUUUUUUUCCUAGAAAUAUAUCUAUAGUAAUGAUUUAAGGUGGUGCAGAUGGUGUUUGUUCUGUAUAAUAAAUCUACUGUCUUUUACUUGGCAUUUUGUAGUUAAAUUAAUCAAAGUACAUGGUUUUAUGCAUAAAAUGUUUAGAAAUGCAUUCUAUCCAUAAUGUUGGUGCUUUGAAUCUUUAAAACUGCAUAUUUGCUGGCCCCCUUAUCAUUUUCUCCUGAUCAAAUACACAGAUUCUUCCAGAGAUUUCCCCCACCUUUUCUGUAAGAACUGAUUGAUAUUCUAAGACUAACUUCUUAAACAGCACUAUUUCUAGUUCUAGCAAAAUAGGUUUCUUAUUUGCCAAGUUGUUUUUCGUUAAGAACUGUCUUCUGUUUUCUGCAAAGGUCAGUGACUCUAUUGACACCAGCUUUAUGUCUCCACUUUUUUUUGUAUUCACAAAUACAAAUUGAAAGGGUAAAUUAUGUUGAAAGGCCGCUAGAACAGCAGAUUCACAUGCACAUGUUUGACUUUCGACAUUCAGCUUGUAGAAUAAUGGAGUCUAUCCAGCAGGCUAUAAAGCAAGUACUUGAAACAAAACCAGAAUGAUUAAUAACCGCAAUAACUGAACUAUAUUUGGAGAGUUUGCUACAUAAUUGCAGUCAUAAUGAGCACUACAGAAUCUGAUUAUCUUACAGUUGCAAUCUGGAGGGGCUUUUUAUUUCACUCCGUUAUGAAAUGUUAUCCGAGAGUAUGAUGUCACAUAUUAAUGCACAAGAGGGAGAUGCCUAAUGAGAGUGGAUUAUACUAUUACCAAAACCCAGUACUGUUUACUAAGUGGCUCUCCUUAUUUACACAUAUCCUGGGAAUAUUGUAUAUAUUUCUGUGUGUGUACUUAGGGUUUUAGCCUCAGGUUAGGAUCAUGUGUUUUCUCUAGAAAUUGCUUCACUCAAAUUCCAAACAUAUUUUUCCACCUAUUAAGAAAAAAUAUGCAGCAUAUUUCAAAAGAUUCUAUCUGUUUAGAAAUUAGCUUUUAAAAAUAAUGAACUCUGAAUAUAGAAAUAUAAAAUUCUGCUGAAGCUGAAUCCUUUUGUUUAUUACAUUCUGUGUAUUCAAACUAGAGACUAUUUGCUCACUUACUGUUUUUGUUUUGCAAGCAUGUGUAACUGGGAAGACAGAGGAAUAAUGUUUUUUUCUGUACUUUUAUUCCAUUAGCCAUUUUGUUUCCUUUGUAUCUAACUAAUGUAUUUAAAGAAAAGCUGGAUCUGUCGAACUCAAUCAACUAUACCGGGCUAAUACAGAAGAUUAAUAAUAAUGGAAAAA